AUGAUGUCCACAACAGCCCAGAGGCGCCUUAUGAGAGAUUUCCAGAAGCUACAGGAAGAUCCCCCCAUUGGAGUGAGUGGUUCACCACAUGAAUAUAAUGUAAUGAUAUGGAAUGCAUUGAUAUUUGGUCCAGUUGAUACACCAUUUGAAGAUGGUACUUUUAAAUUGAUUCUAGAAUUCACAGAGAAAUAUCCUAAUGCACCUCCUAGUGUAAGAUUUGAAUCUGAAAUGUUUCAUCCAAACAUAUACAAUGAUGGUAGCAUUUGCUUGGAUAUUUUACAAAAUAAAUGGAGUCCUACAUAUGAUGUGGCAGCAAUUUUGACAUCUAUUCAGUCGCUGUUAGGUGAUCCAAAUCCCAACUCUCCAGCAAAUUCACUUGCAGCACAAUUAUACAAAGAAAAUAGAAGAGAAUAUGUAAAACGAGUUAAAGCGUGUGUUGAAAAGACAUUUCUAGAGUGA